AUGGCUCAGCACCGCCUGUCGGACAUAUUAGCUAGCGCCGCUGUGGAUUUGGCCCCUUAUGAAACUCUCUACAAGCAUUUCCAUACGCAUCCCGAGCUCUCACUACAAGAGAAGGCCACCUCUGAAACUAUCGCCUCCCAUUUGUCCCAGCUCGGAGCCUAUGAAAUCCACACAAAUAUUGGAGGUUACGGGCUCGUAGGCAUUCUCAAAAAUGGCACUGGAAAGACAAUUCUUCUUCGGGCCGACAUGGACGCCCUUCCAGUCAAGGAACUCACCGGCCUCCCCUACGCGAGUUCGGUGACUAUGGCUGAUGCGGACGGCAAUGAAAAACCAGUGAUGCAUGCUUGUGGCCAUGAUAUGCACAUUACAUGUCUCCUCGCAGCAGCUGAAGCUCUGGCCCGUAUACAAAAUGCGUGGAGCGGGACUUUAAUCGUCCUCUUCCAGCCGAAUGAGGAGCGGGGCGGAGGCGCUCAGGCCAUGGUUGACGAUGGACUUUAUUCGAAGAUUCCCAUGCCUGACUACGUCUUUGGUCAGCACGUCAUGCGAAUGCGAGCGGGAAGUGUUGGUUCCCGUCCUGGUACGAUCAUGGCUGCUGCCGAUAGCUUGAAGAUCACUCUCUACGGCCGCGGUGGUCAUGGGUCACAGCCGCAUCAGACGGUAGACCCCGUGCUCCUUGCUGCGCAUGUUGUUGUUAGGCUUCAGGGCAUUGUGAGUAGAGAAGUGGACGCGAAUGACCUUGCUGUCUUGACGGUCGGGAGCCUGCAGGCAGGGCAGACAGAAAAUAUCAUUGCGGACCGGGCGGAAAUUGGAGUUGACUUUAGAACUGUCAAGUUAGAGACUCGGGAGAAAAUAAUUUCUGCUAUCCGGCGCAUCGUUGAGGCCGAGUGUGUUGCUAGUGGAUCGCCGAAACCACCGUUGUUCACACCAACGAGGCGGUUCCCGCCCACCGACAACGAUAAACAUGUGGCCUCCCAACUGGCUGCAUCUUUUGCAGACCAUUUCGAAGACUUUGAUGAUGCUACUCCAAGGACCAAUGUUAGUGAAGAUUUCUCCACGUUAGGUACAUCUCAGGGGCUUCCUUGCUCCUUUUGGUUCAUUGGAGGAAUUGACCCAGAGCUCUGGGAUAAAGGCCAGAGAAACGAAAUUUCCAUGGAAGAGAUCCCUGGGAAUCACUCGGCUCUGUUUGCCCCAGUGAUCCAGCCAACGCUGAAAACUGGGAUGGAUGCGUUGUGCAUCGCAGCUUUGACAUUCUUGAAAAAGUAG